AUGUAUAGAAAACGAUCAAAAGAAGAGCUCAUCGAAAUGUUGCAAAAUCGGCGAGGUGUUAUGUACAAUUUGAACGAGAAUGGAGUGGCGAGGUUGAUCUUCGAGAAGGAUCGAUCAUCGUUUCAGGGAAUUCUUGAGACCCCAUGUGGAGAGGUGAUCUCACUCCGGGGACAAGCCAAUCCAAAUGAGGAGGGAUUCGACAAUGUGAAACACUUGAUGGAAAUCUUUGUGGUUGAUGGAGAAGCUGGGACAUCAUUUCAAUUAGACAAUGUUCCGGUGUUUGCUGACGGUCAAAAUGUGCAGAUCCAGCACUCGACUAUCAAUUUUGCGUCAAGAGAACGAUUAGUUGGAGUAAGAGCACUCCAAGAAAUCCAACAAUUCUUCAACCCGUCAAUGCUCGGCGAUUGCGAGAAUGAGGUGUUCGUUGGGCUGAUGCAAGUACAGGUGAUCGCCAGUAAACGUACUCGUGCUCCAUCUCGUCGUGAGAGUCUUUGCUGUGAAAACUCAGUCACAAUUCUCGAACUUUCCGAUGAUUUCUUAGCA